GCACGCACGCACGCGCAUCUCAAAAUUGGCGCACGUCGAUCACUCCAGUGAAGAAGGCGUCAAAGUCUCGCCUCGUGCUCGGAUCACCUAUAGUCUCAGUUCCAGAAGAAUCGGUGCCGCGCGCACACCUCCAGCAUGUCUCUGCUCGGCUCGGCCCGCUUCCUGAUGAGGAGCCUCCAGAGGAGCCAGGUCCAACCUGUGGCCAGGAUCACGUCCAAACCCGCCAAAGAGACGAUCAGCGCGGGGGAGCAGGCCAUCGCUCUGGUAACCUUGUUUGUCACCAUCCUUGGACCCUCCGGCUGGAUCCUGGCUCACCUGGAAGACUACAAGAAGGGAGAGUAGAAGGCACUGUGAAGAAGAAGAAGCCCUCUCACCUCAUCUCACACGUUCCUGUGUCCUAAAUAAAGUCGGCUGUGAAUGAAGCUC